UUCUCAUGGACAUUGCUGAACGCGCAUUCGCGAGACACAGCCACGGCCGAUGGAAGAGUCUCCGUCACACUCCACCGGAUGUUUCGAGCGAGGGAGUCGCGGGUAUAGGAGCACGAGUACGGUGACGCCGAAAGAUCCGCAAAAAGGUGGGGAAUUCGGGAAUAUGCCGGAGAAAGUGUACGACGCACCGCCAAGAGUCUCAUCAUUUUUCAUUGAGGACUUGCUUCGCUCCACCAAGAGGGAUGACAAAAAGACUACCAUUGAGAACAGAAUUGUCUGCACAGACCGGAGUAUUUACGACCACGCAAGUAGAAGGCACUGCUACCAAGUUCAAAGCCAAGAGCAAAAUCUCGGGUCAAGCUUGACAGAGGACGCACACAUAUCUAAACGGCGUGGAUCACCACAUUGUAGCGACCUAAGCCCAGUGAGUCACACAGAAAUCUCCAGCGACCAGUGCCAGGUGUCAGAAAACCGAGAAUUGUCGUUUGUCUCCGAGGGAACGGAGGAUCACGAGGAAAAUGAGGGAUGUAGAGAGACUCUUGUCGACGAGAAAGACGACGACAAUGACUUACACUCCCCAGACAUCGCACGAGCAGAUGGUGAGGGGUCCGGAGGGAAGGCGGGUCGCAAGAAAAAAACCCGCACAGUGUUCAGUCGAAGUCAGGUAUUUCAGUUGGAGUCCACGUUCGAUGUGAAACGUUACCUGAGCAGCGCUGAGCGAGCAGGGCUCGCGACCUCUCUCCACCUGACUGAGACGCAGGUGAAGAUUUGGUUCCAGAAUCGGCGGAACAAGUGGAAGCGACAAGUUGCGGCCGACAUGGAGGCUGCUAAUCUAUGCUACUCGACUCAGAGGGUAGUCAGGGUGCCUAUCCUGUAUCACGAACACCCGGCGUCUGCCGCGCUUAACCUGGGCACAACACAGGCAUCACCGCCUUUGGUUGGAUUUCCCGGCAGUGUGAAUUAUUCUCUCUCCUCGCUCACACCUCCCUUCCAGUUUGUAAGGUCACAGAUGACAGGUCUCGUGUGACGCCACAGAGCCAAAAUGGACACACAUAAUGUAUCAUACUGUUCAUCAAACAACGUGCAAUGGCCCAGGACUGUGAGAACAUUUUUGAAGACUUUCCAUAUCUUCAGGAUUAUUUUAUAGGCCUACCUAAUAGAAGAGUAAAAGAGAGCAAUAUUAUCUACCAACGCAAUAUUGUGUCUUAUAGUUAUUUUUACUUUGAACGUGUAUUUAAAAUUGUAUAGGCUAUCUUGAUUUUAU